GUUCGUCCAUAGAAGUGUGUCUGGUUAUAAAAUGUACGCACUGACCACAUGUGGACAUCAGGUGAAAACAAAGAACCGGACACCAUGUACACGAUAUUUGCUACCUUUGCUGUGAUGCUGUUACUGUCAUCUACAGUAACGUCGGAUCAAGAGGAAGACGAUUCGGAAAGAUCAUGUUGGCUCGAACAAUAUUACGAGGGGAAAUGGAACAGGAUCCUGAAUGACAAGGUAUCAGAUGAUCACGUGAUCAUCGAUGAUAACGAGAUGGAGGUCACUAUAGAUGGAAUAACACAGACAUUUGACUGUAUAGAUGGUGAUGCACAGGGAUACAACAGCCUUAUGUUAUCUUCUAACGGUUCCUCCUACCUUUGUCUUGCCUUCAAGUUCCGAGACGACUCCUCCGGGAUUGACUACUCCGUGUUUACCAACAAUGGUACAUUUGAAGGAUUAAGUCCCUUACCUGAAGUUCUCACAUUUGAAGCCGCGUGUGGAAACUUUACUGACGGGUCGGUAGCAUUGGACUUACAGAGGGACUAUACUGACACAGCAGUGCUACAAGACUUUGUCGGAUAAUCUACGCGAAGGAUAAAUAUAAAUAGUUGAUUAAUAAUUAUAGAGUCAUUGUUACAAUGUCUAGACUUAACAUUAAAGAUUUACCAA